UGAGGGUUGUCAAAUUCAACGUGUCUCGUGGACCAACUGUACAUUUCUUCCAUGUUAUGAGUGUACCUCGUUGGUAAUUCUUUGCCACGAUGAUUAUUUCCACAAUUUUGAUUGCUCUCUUUGCAUCGGUGGCUGUCUGUUCAGAUGUCAUUGAGCUCACCGAUAGCACUUUUGCAUCUGGUGUGAAAGACAAGGAAAUUAUGCUUGUAGAAUUCUUCGCCCCGUGGUGUGGACACUGCAAAAAACUUGCUCCCGAGUACGAGACUGCGGCCUCAAAGCUUAUUAAGGAAGACCCACCAAUACCACUUGCUAAGGUUGACUGCACUGAGGCAGGGAAAGAGUCUUGUGGUAAAUAUGGUGUUAGUGGUUAUCCAACACUCAAGAUUUUUCGCAAUGGAGAAUUGUCAAAGGACUAUGAUGGCCCUCGUAAUGCUGCGGGUAUCAUUCAAUACAUGAAGAAACAGUCUGCACCCUCCUCCCAAGAAAUCAAUGAUCUGGAAAAGAUGAAGAAGAAACUUGAUACGAUGGAAUCUGCUCUUGUUGUUGGUUUCUUUGAGAAGGAUGAUGAACUUAAAACUGAAUUCAUGAAGACAGCUAAUGAAAUGAGGGAUGAUUACUAUUUUGCACACACAACAAGUGAAGAGAUUUUGGCAGAUUUGGGCCAUAAAGAUCAAGUGGUUAUUUUCCGUCCCAGCCAUCUUCAUUCAAAGCUUGAACCAAACAAAGAAGUCUUCACUGGAAUGGCAGACCCUUUUUAUAUCAAGAAGUUUCUCAAAGCUUCAGUUCAUGGUCUUGUUGGCCACUUGACUGAGGAUAAUGAAGAUCAAUUUAAGAAACCUCUUUGUACCGUUUAUUUCAAUGUUGAUUUUGAACGUAAUGCAAAAGGUACGCGAUAUUGGCGUAAUCGAAUUCUGAAAGUUGCUACUGAGUUCAAGAACAAAGUGAUGACCUUUGCUUUUGCAUCCAAGAAAGACUUCGCUAGAAAACUUGAUACAUUUGGUCUAUCCUCUGAUAAUGAUGAGGUUGUAGUAGCUAUAGUAAGUGAUGAUGGAAUGAAAUAUCCUAUGAAAGAAAAAUUCAGUGUGGACACCUUCAGAGAUUUCCUCAAAAACUACUUCGAGGGAAACGUUGAGCCUUUUAUCAAAUCUGAAGAAGUACCAGAGACUAAUGAUGGCCCUGUGACGGUUGUUGUUGGCAAGACUUUCAAUGAGAUUGUGAACGAUGAAACAAAAGAUGUGUUGAUCGAGUUCUAUGCUCCAUGGUGUGGCCAUUGCAAGAGUUUGGAACCAGUCUACAAAGAACUAGGAGAGAAGCUGGCUGACGUGAAAGACAUAGUUAUAGCCAAGAUGGAUGCCACGGCAAAUGAUGCUCCUUCACCGUACGAAGUUAGCGGUUUUCCAACAAUCUAUUUUUCACCAAUGUACGGUAAGAAAACGCCCAAAAAAUACAACGGUGGCCGAGAUGUUGACUCUUUCAUUGAUUAUUUAAAACGAGAAGCCACGAAACCAUUUAAAGUUCCCGAGAAGAAAAAGAAGAAGAAGAAGGACAAGAAACAGAAAGAUGAACUUUGAACUGUGGUUCCUUCGAACAUUUUGUAAAACUAGAUUUAACAAAUUUAGGCCUAAACUAACUUUGGAACCCUUUUUUUAAUCGAAGGCGUGGGGCCUGGUACCUGAUUCCCCCAGUCCUACUCCUUCUUCUACGUCUCUGUAACAAUGUCGUGUGGGGUAAAGUGUUUGAACGUUUAAAUCUCAUUUAUUAAUAUUGCUGAUGCGUGAACUAUUGAAAUGUCCUGCUUCUGUAAAAGAUUUAUGUGGAUUGAGGGUAUAUUUUGGCUGUGACAUUAAAUGGUUUGUUUUGGA